GCUAUGAGGAAGGCUGGUGUUGCCCAUAGUAAAUCCAGCAAAGAUAUGGAGAGUCAUGUGUUUAUGAAGGCAAAAACAAGGGAGGAAUAUCUUUCUCUUGUGGCCAGACUUAUUAUCCAUUUUCGAGAUAUCCACAAUAAGAAAUCUCAAGCCUCAGUCAGUGAUCCAAUGAAUGCCCUGCAGAAUCUAACUGGGGGUCCCCCAGCAGGAGCCCCUGGAAUGGGCAUGGCUUCCCGAGCUCAAGGAGCACCGAUGAGUGGGAUGAGUGGCCUCGGUCCAAUGGGACAACAGAUGAGUCUCCCAGGGCAGCAGCAGCCUCCUGGAACCUCAGGAAUGGCCCCUCAUGGUAUGCCUGGUGUCUCUACAGCUACUCAGCAGACCCAACUUCAGCUUCAGCAGAUAGCUCAGCAGCAACAGCAGCAGCAGCAACAGUUCCAGCAGCAGCAGGUGGCUUUGCAGCAGCAGCAAUUCCAGGCCCAGCAGUCAGCCAUGCAACAACAAUUUCAGGUCCAGCAGCAGCAGGCGGCAGCAGCUGCAGCAGCCCAACAGCAGCAGCAGCAACAACAGCAGUUGCAAGCCGUCCAGCAGCAGCAACAGCACAUGCUGAAACUGCAGAUGCAGCAGCAGCAAAACCAACAGCAGCAGCAACAGCAGCAGCAACAACUACAGCGAAUUGCCCAAAUGCAGCAGCUGCAGGCAGCACAGGCUAUGCAGGCACAACAGCAGCAGCAACAGCAGCAGCAGCAACAGCAGCAGCAAAUAUCACAACAGAUACAGCAGCAGGCACCUCAACAAGUAAUGCAACAACAGAUGCAACAGAUCCAGCAGCAGCAGCAGCAGCAACAACAGCAGCAGCAGCAACAACAACAACAACAACAGGUUGCUCAGGCACAACAGUCUCAGCUUCCACCACAAUCCCAGCCUCAACCUCAGCCCAUGGUAUCUCAGUCACAGGCAAUCUCAGGACAAAUUCCUAGUCAGGUUAUGCCUGUUACUCUUACACCCCAGCAAUUAAAAGCAAUGCAGCUGGUCCAGCAGCAGCAGGCAGCAGCAGCAGUGCAAGCAGCUCAGGCCCAAGCUGCUCAGAUGGGAGCCUCAGGGCAGAUGAUCACCGCACCUAUGGCCCGAGGUGGGAUGCAAAUAAGACCACGGUUCCCGCCUACCACCGCUGUGUCUGCUACACCGCCAAGCUCCAUUCCUUUGGGCGGACAGCAAAUGCCACAGGUCAGCCAGAACAAUAUUACCAUGAUGUCAUCCCCAUCUCCUGUCCAACAAGCUCAAACACCCCAAUCAAUGCCUCCGCCACCCCAGCCACAACCAUCUCCUCAGCCAGGCCAGCCAACUUCUCAGCCAAAUUCAAAUGUCAGCUCUGGCCCAGCUCCAUCACCCAGCAGCUUUCUCCCCAGUCCAUCUCCACAACCAUCCCAGAGCCCAGCAGCUGCACGAACACCUCAGAACUUCAGUGUCCCAUCCCCAGGUCCUUUAAACACUCCAGGAAACCCAAAUUCUGUCAUGAGUCCAGCCAGCUCCAGCCAGUCAGAGGAGCAACAGUAUCUGGAGAAACUCAAACAGCUAUCGAAAUACAUUGAGCCACUCCGGAGGAUGAUCAAUAAGAUAGAUAAAAAUGAAGAUAGGAAGAAGGACCUGAGUAAAAUGAAGAGCCUCCUGGAUAUCCUGACUGACCCUUCAAAACGGUGCCCUCUGAAGACACUGCAGAAAUGCGAAAUUGCCCUGGAGAAGCUGAAGAAUGAUAUGGCUGUGCCUACUCCACCGCCACCUCCAGUACCACCCACCAAACAGCAGUACUUGUGUCAGCCACUUCUGGAUGCUGUUUUGGCCAACAUCCGUUCACCAGUCUUCAACCAUUCCCUUUACCGUACAUUUAUGCCAGCUAUGACUGCAAUUCAUGGACCACCAAUCACGGCCCCAGUAGCUUCCCCUCGAAAACGGAAAUAUGAAGAGGAUGAAAGACAGACUAUACCAAAUGUCUUACAAGGGGAAGUUGCAAGAUUAAAUCCUAAAUUCCUCGUGAACCUGGACCCUUCCCACUGCAGUAAUAAUGGCACAGUUCAUCUCAUAUGCAAGCUAGAUGACAAGAAUCUUCCAAAUGUCCCACCACUACAGCUCAGCGUUCCAGCGGACUAUCCAGAUCAGAGCCCUCUGUGGAUAAAAAACCCUAGACAGUAUGCAGCCAAUCCCUUUUUGCAGUCAGUGUAUCGGUACAUGACUUCAAAACUAUUGCAACUUCCGGACAAGCAUUCAGUCACGGCACUCUUAAACACCUGGGCCCAAAGUAUUCGUCAGGCCUGCCUCUCUGCUGCGUAACAUCUCACUUUCUAAGUUGUGAAGCAAGAAAGGAAGUCUCAACAGCUGGUCUCUUCCACAUGCCACUGGAAAAUCGCGUUUGGGGAGGGUACUUCAGAAGAAAGAAGCUUUAUGCCAUUUUGUUUCUAGGUGUCAGGUUCAGUAGAGAACCUGAUGUUAGAUUUAGUUUUUAUGCUUUUUAUCUUCUGCCUCUGUGGACUCUUGCCAGCAUUUUCAAAUAUACAGAAUGUGUAUAUAUGGUUCUUGAGACUGUAUUAGGAUGAGGUUUUUAUUGUCUUCUUAGAGAAGAAAUUAUUUGUGGACUUCCAUCAGGGAGUCUGGUAUAAGAGGGAUUAGGGAGAAUGUCCUAAUUUGCUUCAAAGUUUGCUCAGUGCCAGUAUUCCUUCACACUGUAAGUUUUGUGACUUGAUAUUACCCCAGAAAUAAAUUGGCUGGAACUAGAA